UUUCAGUUACAAAUGGACUAAUGAGUUUGGAACAUCUCAGUGCUUAUUCACCUUUAUUGAUGCUUGAUUGUCUGGAUAGUAGCGAUGAUAAUACCGCAAAUUAUUUCAUUUUCCAUUGUUGUUAUUAUUGCUAGUGCUGAAAAUCUGGACAAUAAUUUCACAGCGAAAUCAACCAAAGUUGGUUACAGUUCGUUGUGGUUACCGCGUCCAUUCCGAAUCAUUUGCUGUUCCGAUGGAUAUCCAGUACCAGAAAAUCCGCAGAUCAUUCGAAAUUGGACCCAUGAGGAAUCGGAUAAUAUAAUUGACGAGCGUUACGGUGAACAUACUAUUUCCAGUAGUAGUAGCAGUAACUUUGGAUCUCGAACGCGAGAUGCAGCAAACGAGGUGAUCGACUCUAAAUGUCGCAUUUAUCAUGGCAGUUAUCUCCUAUCCGCUUCCGCACUGUUCACUUUUGACGAUUUCACUGGUAUCGGUGUGGUCUGUAAAUGUCCGGAAGUGUCAGCACAUGAAUAUUUGGACCGAAGUUGUAGACGUCUCAAGCCAUGCCUCAAUAAGGGCCAUCGUUCGUUCAGUUCCAAUUCGUACUGCAUUUGUCCAGAGCCAUUUUUUGGUGAGCAGUGUGAAAAAUAUUGUGAUCAAGGCCAGCGAAUGAGAGGCGCGGAUGGCCAUGAUUAUUGCUCGUGUACGCCAUUUUAUCAAGGUGAGGAAUGCCGAAAUAUAGUGUGUUUGAAUGGUGGCACUGAGUUACGACGUCAAUGCCUAUGUCCUCCGAAUUUCCUCGGUUAUCACUGCGAAAUUGAUGCUAAUCGUACGUCGGUUAUGUUGCGAUUUCUCGGCUACCGAGAACAGAAUGUCUAUCAAGAUAAUGAUCUUCUUACUCGAGAUGUAUCGAGUACCAUAUUCAGCCUGGUAAUGAUCGCUGUCCUUGUUCUUUCCAUGUAUUUGUUGAUGAAACAUAGAAUGCAGGUACAAAACCGAUUUACGACUGUUCGACGUGAAGCCUUAGUACGGUCAGGUAUUGAAAUUAGUUCACGUCGUGGCAAUAUGGUAGUACCGGGAAAUCCGGGAAUUCCGUCAUUCAGAGCCAUAACAUUUCCCAAUGAAGGACCACCUCCUUAUGUUAUAAAUCCUCACAGAGAAAGGUCCUGUCAAAGAGAAAAUCUGCCGCCACUACCAACCUAUGAAGAUGCUACUAAAUUACCUCCAUUUAUUAGGCCUCAGGUGGAAGAAGAAACAAGUGCAGAAGAGGAAGAGCAGGUAAUACAGAAUGAUACAUCACCAACCGAAUUACAAAUUAGUGAAAGGGUGACAGAAACGGACACUAAUGAUGAAUCGUCGAUAAUACGUCUUCUGUCCUAUCUGCCAGAACCACAGCAUUCUCUGGAAACAGCUAUCUCGAUAUCAGGCAGAGCAUCGGUACCCAUGCAUAUUUUCACUACUGAUAAUAGUUCUGUGUUCAGCAGAAAGUUAUUAGCAAGAAAGAGUAUAUAA